GAGUGUGUGCGCGUGUGAAUGUGUCCAUUCGUGCGCAUGUGCGCAUGUGUGUGUGUGUGUGUGGUGGGGGGUGGGAUGUUGAGAGGAGCUGGGUGUUGACUGGCAGAGAGAGGAGGCAUCUUCACUGCAAGAGAGUGUGGUUCUGCCUGUGUGGUAGUGCAGCUGUAUAAAAUGAAUGUGCUCCGGGGUGGAUUGGCAGUGGAUCAUGCUGGUCUCGGCGUGUUAGGAUUUUUGGGAAACUGUCGGAGGAUUUUGACAGAAGAGAGGACAGGUCUGAUCUGUCAGGGGGGCUGCUGAACCGUCACACUGCCGCGGCACUGAAUGAGAACAGCAUCACCCCAAGGUCACAGUCAUGACGGCCACCAACGCCCCCAAAGACAGAUAUAAUGCCGUAUGGCUGAUCUUCUUCUCCCUUGGGCUGGGCACUCUGUUGCCAUGGAACUUCUUCAUGACGGCUACCAUGUACUUCACCAGCCGUCUCAAAGAUCCCGUUACCAUGGACGCCGACCUGCUCAACGUCACCGCCCCUGCCCCGGGUGAGGUGGUGGACAACCGCAGCGUCCUGGAGGCCAAAUUCAACAACGUCAUGACGCUCUGUGCCAUGUUGCCCCUGCUGGCCUUUACCUGCCUCAACUCCUUCCUGCUCUGGGUUCCCCAGAAGCUAAGAAUCAUGGGAAGUCUGACGGUGAUCAUGGUGGUGUUCAUGGUGACGGCCAUCUUGGUGAAGGUUGAGAUUGCUCCGCUGCCUUUCUUUGUGGUGACCAUGAUCAAAAUCUGUAUCAUUAACUCGUUCGGAGCCAUUCUGCAGGGCAGUCUGUUUGGCAUGGCAGGUCUGCUGCCCGCCUCCUACACCACCCCCAUCAUGAGCGGUCAGGGCCUGGCAGGGACCUUCGCCGCCUUCUCCAUGAUCUGUGCCAUAGCCAGUGGCUCUGAGCUAAAUGACAGUGCGUUUGGAUACUUCAUCACUGCCUGUGGUGUCAUACUAAUAGCCAUCAUGUCCUACGUCCUGCUGCCCAAACUGGAGUUCUUCCAGUACUACCAGGAGGGCAACAAGGGAGAGGACGAGGAGAACAGGAUGGAUCUACUGAAGAAAGGAGCUGCUACAGCUUCUUCAUCACAGGAGCCCCAGCAAAAGACCUCGAUGCUGGGCAUCUUUAAGAAGAUCUGGGUGAUGGCCCUGUCCGUGUGUUUUGCCUUCACCGUCACCAUCGGCACUUUCCCAGCCGUCACCGUGGAUGUGAAGUCCACCAUUGCUAAUGGAAGCGCCUGGGAGGGCUACUUCAUUCCGGUCUGCUGUUUCCUGCUCUUUAACCUGAUGGACUGGGCUGGCCGGAGUCUAACAGCAGUGUGUACAUGGCCUGGUAAGGACAGUAAGCUGUUGCCGGGGCUGCUGUUGGCCCGUGUGAUUUUCGUGCCUCUCUUCAUGCUGUGUAACGUGCAGCCCCGCUACCACCUGCCCGUCUACUUCCACCACGACGCCUGGUUCAUCGUCUUCAUGAUCUUCUUUGCCUUCUCCAAUGGCUACCUGGCCAGUCUCUGCAUGUGCUUCGGGCCCAAGAAAGUACCUUCUCAUGAGGCGGAGACGGCUGGAUCCAUCAUGGCCUUCUUCCUGUCUCUGGGUCUGGCUUUCGGAGCGGGCCUGUCCUUCCUGACCAGAGGCCUAGUCUAACUCCUCAACACACAGACAGACAGACACACACACACACACACACACACACACACACACACACACACACACACACGACCACACACACACAGACACAGACACACUCACACGCAGACAAAAUCAAACAUUGUCAUUCAACUCAACCUCGGACGGUAUCAGAACAUUCACUCUGUGUGUCUAUCAUGAAUCCUCAGCACGUACGCACAAAACAACCCCCCCCCACACACACACACACACCCACACCCACACACACCACCACGACCCCUCCCCCACAUGUGUAGUAUUUUCUAAUAACAUCUAUGUUCAGCAAUCCCAGAAUCGCUGAAUAGUUUCUUCCAGGACACUGAGGGGGGAGAGCUGCAAAGGCUCCGGGAUGCCCUCAGUUCAACAGCACUGCCCACUGCCCAUGCCCACUGCCAGCAGAACACUGCAGCCAUGUCUGAUUUUGAUAGUCUAAUAUGGCCAUCAGAUUAUAUAAUGCCAAAGUAUCCUUUGUCAAAUAUUUUAUACAAGCAGUCUAUUCAUUGGCAUAUAUACGCUAUAAAAUGUAACACUUAAAGGCACAUUAUGUAGGAUUUAGUGGCAUCUAUGGUAAGGCUGCAGAUUGCCACCGACUGAAUACUUCUCCCUUUUCAAGCGUGUAGGAGAAGCUAUGGUGGCCGUCAGGUGCCAUGAAAAAAAAACCGCAAAAAGCACUCUCCAGUAGCAGUGUUUUUUUUUUUUUUUUUACAUUUUGGGCUACUGUAGAAACAUGGUGGCACAGGCGAACAUGGCGAACUCCGUGGGAGAGGACCUGCUGCCUAUGAAUAUAUGAAGGACUCAUUGUAAGCCAAUGAAAACACAACGAAUCAUAGUUACAGGUGAUUAUACACUAAUGGAAACACAAUUAUAAAUACUAUAAUCCUUUUUUCUGCUAGGAGAUCACCCUAAAUCCUCCAUACGGCACCUUUAAUUCUUAGUUGCCAGAUAAUGUAUGUAUGUAUGUAAGUAAUGCAUAUGCAAUACACACACACACACACACACACACACACACACACAAAUAUAUAUUUGUGUGUGUGUGUGUGUGUGUGUGUAUAUUGCAUAUGCAUUACUCAAGCAACAGAAACUCUAUAGUCAUAUUAUUAAUGUUGUUGUAGCCUUGAAAGCAUUUAGUGUCUUGCAACAGAUAACACUGGAAAGCCACAUGUUAAUUACCAGUAUUAUUAGUAAUUCAUACUUAAAACGUAUGCAAAAGAAAAUUUUACUUUUUUAUUUUUUACUUUCAUUGUACAUUACCAAAUUUUCUAGAAAUGUGAUGCUCAAUACACAUUAGUGUGUUUUUGGUUGCUUUGUCACAAAUGUGCACAAUAUUUUGUUUUAAAACGUAUCACAUACAUUCUGUGACAAAAGCAACUUAUGUAUAACUGAUUUAGUUUUCAAACAGUGCUGACAGGGUCAGUUUUAUGCAGGUAAAUUAAAGGUAGUGAUCACUAUCUGUAAUCUCAAAACAAUAUGAAGGACAUGCGCUCAGUGUGUCCUUCAAUCUUCUGUGAAGUCCUUCAGGUCACAGGGUGUGCAGAGGGCUCAGUACUUGUAAAACAGCUUGGUUUGUUUGUUUGUUUGUUCCAGGAUAGCUAGGUGAAGGGUGCAAAAGUGUUUGUUUAUGUGUCAUACCGACUACCUCGAUCUUAUAUGAGGCAUUCUGGAUACAAACUUUGCAUUUCAUGAUUAUUUUCAAAACUUCUGGACUUGUUUAUGUUUUUAACGGCAAGCACAGUUGACGUAUGGCUUUCCCCCCAUCAUUUAUGUGAUGUCAAUAACACAUGUGCAUAAACUAAUCUGUAUUGUGAAGCAUAUUGACAAAUAAAAGACUUGUGUAUUUUUAAAAA